UGGUGUCUCGGCGUGUCCACCGUGCAUCUGCUGUGCGCCUUCAUUUUCCAAGGGGGGCGUUAACUUCCCUGGGUCGAGCCGGAGCGCUGCGCCUGCAGCAGUGACUAGAAGUUUUGGAUUUACGAUUCUGUUCUGUCGUUCCGUUGGUGGAAGAUGUGCUCCUAGCUCUGUUUUCCAUGACAGAUCUUGACGACAAUACGUGCAGAAAGUAUAUAAAGAUGAUUACCAAUAUAGUAAUCCUGAGCCUGAUCAUUUGCAUUUCCCUAGCGUUCUGGAUUAUGUCAAUGACUGCUAGUACCUAUUAUGGUAACUUGCGGCCUGUUUCUCCAUGGCGCUGGCUGUUCUCCGUUGUCGUUCCUGUUGUGAUCGCCUGUAAUGGCUAUAAAAAGAAAAGUCUAGAUCACAGUGGGGCUUUAGGAGGGCUGGUGGUCGGAUUCAUCUUAACCAUUGCAAAUUUCAGCUUUUUUACCUCUUUGCUGAUGUUUUUCCUUUCAUCUUCAAAACUCACAAAAUGGAGAGGCGCAGUCAAGAAGCGUCUGGACUCGGAAUAUAAGGAAGGAGGACAACGGAAUUGGGUGCAGGUGUUCUGUAACGGAGCGGUGCCUACAGAGCUGGCCCUGCUCUACAUGAUAGAGAACGGCCCCGGGGAAAUGCCCAUAGAUUUCUCCAAGCAGCACACUGCUUCCUGGAUGUGUUUGUCUCUCCUGGCUGCACUGGCCUGCUCUGCUGGAGACACCUGGGCUUCGGAAGUUGGUCCAGUUCUGAGCAAAAGCUCACCUCGACUAAUAACAACCUGGGAGAAAGUUCCAGUUGGAACUAACGGAGGAGUCACAGCAGUGGGACUUGCCUCCAGUCUCCUCGGUGGAACCUUCGUGGGCCUGGCGUACUUCCUCACACAGUUGGUGUUUGUGAACGACUUGGACAUUUCUGCCCCACAGUGGCCCAUCAUUGUGUUUGGAGGUCUGGCUGGGUUAUUCGGAUCAAUCCUGGACUCGUUGCUAGGAGCGACAAUGCAGUUCUCUGGUCUGGAUGAGAGCACGGGCCUGGUGGUCAGUACCCCAACGCAGGAGACCAAGCACAUCGCAGGGAAGCCCAUUCUGGACAACAACGCCGUGAAUCUGUUCUCCUCGGUUUUGGUGGCCCUCCUGCUCCCAACAGCUGCUUCGGGGUUUUGGCCCAGAGAGUGAGCUGUCUUUCCUUCCCAACCAGUUGAUACUGGUGAGACCAGCCAAACUUUCGAUGUGAAGGUUUUUCUUCAGUGAAUAAUAAAUUCGGGACCUUGGGAAUGCCGGCUCCUCCCACGCUCCGCUGUGGCGGCAUACCACGGGCUCCCUUCAGCUCCCUUAGCAGCUGACGUCUUUCCACUGGAAGGGGAAAGUGCAUACACGUUGUCCACAUCCAUCCUCUCCGGGUGAAGCUUCACGAACAACAGAGGUGCCGUAGGCCUCUGCAGCCGAAAUGAAACAUCCGAUGUUUUCUGUAAAAUGUUACUGUUCAGCUUCUAAAAGCAGUGUGUUGACAAUUUAAAAUGGUCCCCACUUGUACAGAUACUUAACCACUAUGACAGUUGCCCCAAAGUUAGACCUGCUUUAAAUGACUGAACCCAUACACAUGGAAGCCCAAAGAACUAACUAUCCUGAACGUCUCCCAUUAUUUAUCUAGUCACAACUGUGAAGAAAUGCAGGCAUUGCUUCUCCAUGCCUUUCAUCCUUUCUCCCAGUUAAUAACGUCAUUGUCUGGGUACAUCUAUUUUUUUUUUAUCACAUUAGAAAGCAUGGAAAAAAUUGUUUUUACAAAAAAAAAUCAUAUAAAUUUACACCUUUAAGAUGAAGGCAUAGCCCGGUGAUAGCACUUACCUCAGGUGUACCGUACCCUGGUUUAGGUGCCCAGCACUGAAAGAACAUUGCCUUAUGCAUUUAUAUCUUUGAAAUACACAUAAGAAUCUGGAACCUGUACUGCCAUGUGGAAGUUAAUGAGUCACUGGAAAAAUAGUGUAAUUAUUUUUUUUUAAUUUACUUUCAUCAACCUUUGACCUUAAUUUUGGAAGUGCCUGGAAGUGCUGUGGUUUUCCAUCCUGAGCCUUCUCCAUCCUGUGUAUCUUUCCUUUUAGCCUCGGCCUAAGCGAAUUCCACUUGUGACUGCUCUCCACUGUCUUACCAUGUAGAAAAGAGGGUUUGAAGGAGUGGGUUAUUUUAUUAAACGUAUCCUAAAAUGUC